AUAUCUCUUUAUUUUCUCACACGCUCGCUUUCUCUUUUUCUCUCUCUUUCUGAGAAAUUUCCGAUAAUUUUCCAUUUACUGCACAUUUUCCAUACACUUCCCUUUCAUAUUCUCUCUCUAUACAGUUCCCAUUUUCCACUGACCACUUCUCAGCUGAAAAAUUCGUCGCCGAAGUCCUUCGAGCUAUUACCAAGGACUUGUCUUAAAUAGCUUAUUUUACCAUUCUUAGUUAAGCGAUGGUAGCGGCUGAAUCAUGGUUUCGAAGUCUAUGGAAGACUCACCGUAAGGAUGAUUCUAAUUCCGAGAAAGCGGUGAUCGGAGUGUUAGCAUUUGAAGCUGCGAAAUUGAUGUCCAAGCUUGUUAAUGUGUGGCAGUCGUUGAGUGAUAAACAGGUUGCCAAGUUGAGAGAUGAGAUUUCAAAUUCAGUUGGUAUCAAGAAGCUUGUUUCGGACGAUGAUAAUUUUAUCGUUCGUUUGAUCAGUCAAGAGAUGCUUGAGAGUAUGGCAUAUGUGGCUGAAUCGGUGGCUAGGCUUGCAAAGAAAUGCAGUGAUACAAGACUCAAGGAUUUUGAGAAGGCCUUUGAUAGGUUUAUUACCCGCGGUUUUGAUUCUUAUGGUUGGGUAUUGUCUUUUAAGAAAAUGGAUAAAAAGGUAAAAAGGAUGGAAAAGUUUGUAUCGAUUAAUGCAAACUUGUACCAAGAGAUGGAAAUGCUUACUGAUCUUGAGCAAACUCUUAAAAGAAUGAAGGUUUACAGUGAGUCGGACGGGCCGAAUUUAAUUGAGUAUCAGAAGCAGGUUGCAUGGAAGAAGCUAGAGGUGAAGAACUUACAGUCUGAUUCUCUGUGGAACCGGACAUAUGAUUACACUGUACACUUUUUAGCGAGAUCUUUAUUUACAAUAUUCAGUAGGAUCAAUAACGUAUUUGGAAUUCACGAAGUAGCAAAUAUCGGUAAAACCACAUAUCGCAAUGCUUUGAAUGGUGACCACAUUCACGGAAGUCAUUCAGUCUCUGAAUUGUUGCAACCUUCGGUACAACCAUUGCCAAAUAAUGUUGCCAGAUUUUCUUCUGGACCCCUUGGCCCUUCUACUGCAAAAUCAGAUCAGAAUGUUAGAGCAAAUAAAACUAGCAUUUUUCAGCCAGUUGGCGAGUCGUCUACAAAGUCAGGCCCAAUUUCAGGAAAGCAUAAAGGCCUCAAUUUUUUCUCGGGUCCCCUCGGAAGGAGUUCAAAAAAACCAGUCCCGGAGAAUGGAACAAGUAAAAACAAGUUUUGGAAAUUUAAUAAUGGUCACUCAAGCACCGCAAGUGGGAAAGAAAAUAACACCAGACACAGUCGAGUCACUCAAGUAGAACCUUUCAAAGGCUGUGUGGCUGCAGAUAGUUUAUCUGUCAUCAACGGUCGCUUAAAUCCAAAUGAUGUUCGCGUAGAAACUCAGAAUCACAAAGAAGUCGAUUCAGAGCUUCAUACUCAUGGAAAUGCAGCUCAUUGUUCUCAACCGACAUUCAGUUCUCUUUGCAAGCUAAAGCCUCCAUCUGAAUCCCUCGGCGCCGCAUCUUUAGCCCUUCACUACGCACAUGUUAUUAUUGUGAUUGAGAAGCUAGCGGCCUCUCCACACUUGAUUGGUCUCGAUGCUAGGGACGAUCUAUACAACAUGUUGCCGAGACGUGUAAAAGCUUCUCUUAGGACUAAACUAAAGCCGUAUUCCAAGGGCAUGGCUGCGGCUGUCUAUGACGCAAGCAUAGCAGAAGAAUGGACCGAAGCAAUGACGAAAGCAUUGGAAUGGCUAGCACCACUUGCUCACAACAUGUUAAGAUGGCAAUCUGAAAGAAGUUACGAGCAGCUGAGCUUUGUUUCACGGACAAACGUGUUGCUCGUACAAACCCUUUACUUUGCAAAUCAAGAAAAAACUGAAGAGAUAAUCACCGAGCUUCUAGUUGGGUUGAAUUAUGUGUGGAGGUAUGUUAAAGAGCUCAAUACAGGUCCUUAGAGAUUGGCAAUAGUGUAGUCAAAAAUGGAUAUUCUAUGUUGAAUGCGUAAAGAAUUUUUCACCAAUCUCAUGACAGCUUUCAGCAGCAGUAGCAGAGACAAUCAAGAAUUAAAGGAGUAUGUGAGAAAUACUCACAUAAUCUAUGAUAUAAUUUGUGUUAGAAUGCAUCAAUAAUUAGGAAUGUGAUUAUGUUAUAAACAUUUAGGAUUAUUUUUUCUUUGAGGAGAUCCAUCUGAUUUAACAUGAUCACUGGUCUCAUCUGUGAAAAAUGAACAUAUAUGUUAAUUAAUUGUAUAGUUUUAUUACCAUAAUGGUUAUUUCUAUAUGAUAUUUGAGUGGUUGGACA